AUGAUGAGAGACGAGGAGGCCGAGGGGGGACGGCGGGCGGUGGUGAUCCGCGAGUACAAUCCCAAGACGGACCGCGACGGCACGGACGCCGUUGACCGGGAGUGCGAGGUCGGCCCGGCCGGCGGGAUGUCGCUGCACGCCGACUUGCUCGGCGACCCCGUCGCGCGCAUCCGCCACUCGCCGCACUACCUCAUGCUGGUAGCUGAGACGUCCGGGCCAGACGGCCGCAUCGUCGGCCUCGUCCGGGGAACCGUCAAGUCCGUCGCCUCCCGCAAGAGCCGCCCUGGCGCACCCGCCUUCGCCAAAGUCGGCUACAUUCUUGGCCUCCGCGUCGCGCCUUCCCACAGGCGGAUGGGCAUCGCGCUGCAGCUGGUGCAGCAACUGGAGCAGUGGUUCGAGCUCAUGGGCGCCGAGUACGCGUACAUGGCCACCGACAAGUCCAACCAGGCGUCGCUGCGCCUCUUCACCGGCCGCUGCGGCUACUCCAAGUUCCGGACGCCGUCUCUGCUGGUGCACCCGGUGCACUCGCACCGCCUCAAGCCACCGCGCCGCGCCACGGUCGUCCGCCUCGGCGCCCGCGACGCCGAGCGGCUCUACCGCAGCCGGUUCGCGCACGUUGAGUUCUUCCCCGCGGACAUCGGCGACGUCCUGGACAACACGCUCUCCCACGGGACGUUCCUGGCGAUCGUCGGCGACGAAGAAGGCGGCUACGAGUGGAGCGGUGUCGACCGCUUCCUGGCGUCCCCGCCGGCGUCGUGGGCCGUGGCGAGCGCGUGGGACUGCGGCGGCGUGUUCCGUCUCGAGGUGCGCGGCGCGUCGCGCCUCCGCCGCGGCGCCGCGGCCGUCACCCGCGCGCUGGACCGCGUCGCCAAGUGGCUGCGCGUGCCGUCCGUGCCGGACUUGUUCCGCCCGUUUGCCGGGUGGUUCGUCUACGGCCUUGCCGGGAGCGGCCGCGACGCUGCGGUGGCCGCGGAGGCCGUGUUCGCGUCCAUCGUCAACAUGGCGCGCGGCAGGGCGGCGGCCGUGGCGGUGGAGGUGGCGGCCAUGGACCCGCUCCGCGGCCGCAUCCCGCACUGGCGCCGCCUGUCGUGCACCGAGGACCUGUGGUGCAUGAAGCGGCUCGGCGCUGCUGCUGCUGGUGGCGGCGGCGGCGGCGGCGGCCACGCGGACGCCUGGGACUGGGCCAGGUCGGCUCCUGGCCGCUCCAUCUUUGUGGACCCCAGGGAGGUGUGA